CUCUCUCUCUCUCUCUCUCUUCUUUUACAACCAGUUGUCUUUAAGAGAGAGAAACACAGAAAAAGAGAACCUUUGACUAAUUACACGACGACUUCCCUCAUCCCAACUCCAUUCACCCUCUCUCUUCAAUCUCUCUCUCUCUCUUUCUUUCUCUUUCUCUGAUUACAGCAAAACCCACGAAUUUUUUCUUUAGAUUUCAUCAUAUACAAGAUUUCUUGAAGUGGGUUUUCAUCUUUUGUGGUUGAUUCGAUUUGUGGAUGAUAUACACAGAUUUUGUUCGUUUGAGCUGUCUCUAAACCUAGGGUUUGGUGUUUCGGGUUCUGGGUAUUUCCAAUUUCUUGAUCUGAAUGAGUAAUCGAUGAGAAAUCUAGGUUUUUUAGCUUGACCGACCCGAACCCGUUUACAAUAAAUGGAUCGGCGAGUUUCUUUGAUUUCAGCUUCUGUUCUUGUCUGGUUCAUUUUGGUGUUCAACAACUUGUCAAAAGUCUACGGGAAUGCCGAAGGAGAUGCAUUGAAUGCGUUAAAGACUCAGUUAGGUGAUCCGAAUAAUGUUCUUCAAAGUUGGGAUGCGACUCUUGUAAACCCAUGUACUUGGUUUCAUGUUACGUGUAAUAAUGAAAAUAGCGUUACGCGAGUUGAUCUUGGAAACGCAAACUUGUCGGGUCAACUCGUUUCACAACUCGGUGAACUCACUAAUUUACAGUAUUUGGAACUUUACAGUAAUAAUAUUACUGGAAGAAUUCCUAUUGAACUUGGGAACUUAACAAACUUAGUAAGUUUGGAUCUUUAUCUCAACCGAUUAGAUGGUGGCAUUCCUGAUACAUUGGGAAAACUCCAAAAGCUUCGUUUCCUUCGUCUCAACAACAACACGUUAACGGGAACUAUUCCAAUUUCGUUAACUACUAUAACUUCACUACAAGUUCUUGAUCUUUCGAACAACAAUCUAAGAGGAGAUGUUCCAGUCAAUGGUUCCUUUUCUCUUUUCACACCUAUAAGUUUUGCAAAUAAUCCUCAGUUGAAAGCUCCCGCAGUUUCUCCUCAAGCUCCGGCCCCACCAAAUUCCCCAUCUCCUUCCGUCGGCAACAGUGCGACGGGGGCGAUCGCGGGAGGAGUUGCCGCGGGUGCCGCCCUUCUAUUUGCAGGUCCGGCGAUCGCACUUGCAUGGUGGCGCCGCCGCAAACCACAGGAUCAUUUCUUUGACGUACCCGCCGAAGAGGAUCCGGAGGUACAUUUAGGGCAAUUGAAGCGGUUUUCUCUUCGCGAGUUACAAGUGGCAACCGAUAAUUUCAACAACCGCCACAUUCUCGGGCGGGGUGGAUUUGGUAAAGUUUACAAAGGGCGGUUGGCGGAUGGGACGUUGGUGGCGGUGAAACGGUUGAAAGAGGAGAGGACUCAGGGCGGCGAGUUGCAGUUUCAGACGGAGGUGGAGAUGAUUAGUAUGGCGGUUCACCGGAAUUUACUCCGGUUGAGGGGAUUUUGCAUGACACCGACCGAACGCUUGCUUGUUUAUCCGUAUAUGGCCAAUGGUAGUGUCGCAUCUUGCUUAAGAGAGAGACCGGAUACACAAGAGCCACUUGAUUGGCCAAUACGUAAGCGGAUUGCAUUGGGGUCCGCGAGAGGACUUGCGUAUUUACAUGAUCAUUGUGACCCGAAGAUUAUACAUCGAGAUGUAAAGGCUGCGAAUAUUUUGUUGGAUGAAGAGUUUGAAGCGGUUGUAGGAGAUUUUGGGUUGGCUAAACUUAUGGAUUAUAAGGAUACACAUGUCACGACAGCUGUCCGUGGGACCAUUGGACACAUAGCCCCCGAGUAUUUAUCAACCGGAAAAUCCUCGGAAAAAACUGAUGUUUUUGGAUAUGGUGUUAUGCUUCUAGAACUUAUCACGGGUCAAAGAGCUUUUGAUCUUGCUAGACUUGCCAAUGAUGAUGAUGUCAUGUUGCUUGAUUGGGUGAAAGGGCUUUUAAGGGAAAAGAAGUUGGAGACACUGGUGGAUUUUUGAAAGGUAAUUAUGAUGAAGUGGAACAGCUUAUACAAGUAGCGCUUUUAUGCACACAAGGGACUCCAUUAGAGAGACCAAAAAUGUCUGAAGUUGUGAGAAUGUUGGAAGGUGAUGGGUUAGCUGAAAGGUGGGAAGAAUGGCAAAAGGAAGAAAUGUUCAGACAAGACUUCAAUGCGACACAUAAUACAAAUACAGAUUGGAUUAUUGCGGAUUCAACUUAUAACCUUCGUCCUGAUGAAUUAUCUGGCCCCAGAUGAUUGGU